GUCCCAACAGUUGGAUCAAGUCGUCCAGGAACUCCCCCAAACUACGUCCUGUACUAGACUGGUAGAUUUAUACACGUUGUGGUUUUUUUUUUUUUUAAUGCUGGAGAACGUGAGACUUUGUCAAGAUUGAGGGAACGCCGCCACCAUGAGCGCCCCUCUUUACGCGCCGACUCCCCUCCAGCAAGCCCACCCGACUCCCUUCUACAUCGAGGACAUUCUAGGAAAGAACACUUCUUCAUCUUCGUCAUGCUCCUCCAACACUCCGCUCCUUCCCUCGCCCAACUCUUCCUUCACAAGUUUCAUCUCCCCGUACCGGACGCCUCUGUACGAACCCACGCCGAUCCACCCGGCGCUGACCCAGCAGGCUGCGGCCGCCUUGACGGCCUCCUACGUGUCCUCUGCCGGGGCCUUCGCCGGGUCCAUGUACCCCUUCCACCCCCAGCAGCACCACCGCGCCGUGGGGGAGUACGCCCAGGCGUUGCUAAGGCACGACGCACUCGGGAAACCUCUGUUGUGGACGCCCUUCAUCCAGCGGCCUUUGCACAAGCGAAAAGGUGGCCAGGUUCGGUUCUCCAACGACCAAACUAUUGAACUGGAGAAGAAGUUUGAGACCCAGAAGUACCUUUCACCGCCAGAGAGGAAACGACUGGCCAAGAUGCUACAGCUUAGCGAGCGACAGGUCAAAACCUGGUUUCAAAAUCGUCGUGCAAAAUGGCGAAGACUGAAACAGGAAAAUCCCCAAGGAGCAAAAAGGGAGGAGGAAAUGUGCAGUGCGAAAGGGGAAGGGACGUCCGACCCAUGCGGGGUCCAGGGCCCGGAACAGAGACAGACUGCGUCAUCUGGCAUGGUUCACAGUGUGCGAUCAAUGUCGCAACAACAGUCCCUCACAGAGCCGGAAUCGAAUCUUUCGGAAGACACAGACCUGGAGCUGGACAUCGAGAAUGACCGUGAGGACACAUUGAACCAGCAGCUCUGAGUUUUAAGACCAUGAGGACUCCAACUGAGAGGCUGACACGCCAUUCUAUUCCCCGAUGGUCAAACAUGGUGAAUAGACCCCAAUAGAAGCAGAGAAGGAGUCCUGUCAACGUUUUGUACAUAAGUUGGGAAGGUUGUUACUGUAUCUAAAUGGUACUGUAUAUUAACAGAUUAGAAACGUCUUCUGUAUUUUGUUUUCAAUGAAAAAGGAUCAUUAAAUAAAUGUAGCAAACAAGUGUGA